AUAAGGUUGAAUAAGCGAUUUGUUAAAAUGAAAGAUCAAUAAAAAAAUUAAAUGACAGCAUUUGAUUACCUUUAUAUCACUGAAGAUAUAACAAAAUAUCAUCUUUCAUCCUUUCAUUAAGUUCCAAUUAUAAAACCAAAAAAAAUAUCUGAUAAUCCAUUCUAUGCUCUAACCAUGCAUAAAAGAAAAACACCAUCGAAAUUAAAUUAAACUGUGGAAUAGAAUUAAUAAAUUACUAAAGCAUUUCCGAAAAGAGAAUAAAGGCGCAAAAUAAGAUCCAGAACAAUAAAUAAUAAUUCAAGUAUCGAAUUACCAAGAAUUAUUGAAAAAAAAUGGGAACCUAAGAAAGCACAUAUGUAUUAUAAUUUGAAUUUUCUUAUAUAAUAAACAAAGAGAGGUUUAAAAACAAUUAGUUGAU